AUGGCACCCGUCGCCCUCGAGAAUGCCCCGGCCCCCGUCUUCGCCAACAAGAUGCGAGAUGGUCAGGCGCUGGAGGAAACCUCCGAUGCUAUCGAUGAGGUCAACGUCCUCAAGGCCAACAUGAAGAAGGAAGCCGAGGGGAGGGAUCUCUACGACGAGUCUGAGUUCGACAAGGAGAAGGACAAGACCAACUUCCGCCAGUAUGAGGAUGCAUGUGACCGGGUCAAGAACUUCUACAAGGAGCAGCACACCAAGCAGACCGUCGCCUACAACCUGAAGGCUCGCCACGACUUCCACAGCAAGACCCGCGCCGAGAUGACCGUCUGGGAGGCGAUGGAGAAGCUGAACACCCUCAUUGACGAGUCUGACCCCGACACCAGCCUGUCCCAGAUCGAGCACCUCCUGCAGUCAGCCGAAGCUAUCCGUCGUGAUGGCAAGCCCCGCUGGAUGCAGCUGACCGGUCUGAUCCACGACCUCGGCAAGCUGCUCUUCUUCUACGACGCCCAGGGCCAGUGGGAUGUCGUCGGCGACACUUUCCCUGUCGGCAUCGGCUUCGACGAGCGCAUUAUCUACGGCCGAGACUCCUUCAAGGACAACGAGGACUUCGAGCACCCCGUCUAUGACACCAAGUUCGGUAUCUACAGCCCCGGUUGCGGUCUUGACAAGGUUAUGCUCUCCUGGGGCCACGACGAAUACCUGUACCACAUUGCCAAGGAGCAGUCGACCCUGCCCGACGAGGCUCUGGCCAUGAUCCGCUACCACUCUUUCUACCCGUGGCACAGCGCCGGUGCCUACCACGAACUCAUGGAUGACCAUGAUAAGGAGAUGCUUCGCGCUGUCAAGGCCUUCAACCCCUACGACCUAUACAGCAAGAGCGACGGCAUCCCUAGUGCCGAGGAGCUCAAGCCUUACUAUAUGGAGCUCAUUGACGAGUACUUCCCUAACAAGGUCGUCCGGUGGUGA